AUGGCAAUUGCUAUCGCCGGCUCCGGCGACCUAACCCGGUACAUAGUCGAAGAACUCCUCGGCAGCACACACCCACACAAAGUGGUUCUGCUCGUCCGCACCCCCAAGCCCUACUUCAGCACUUCCAAUCCAAAUCUCAUCCAGGAAUCCGUCGACUACACCUCCGUGGAAUCCAUCAAGUCUGCACUGGAUAAACACGACGCGACAACGCUCAUCUCGACGAUCCUUACAUACGAUACGGAGGCGUUUGUUUCGAUCCACGAGAGCCUCGUCGCCGCGGCACUGCAGAGUCGCAACUGUACGCGCUUCAUUCCGUCCGAGUAUGGCGUGAAUAUCCGGGAUUAUCCUGACCAGCCGGGGUUCUACUGGGAGACUCGCGAGCCGAUUCGCCGGAUCCUGCGGAGCCAGGGGGAGGGAAAAGGGAAAGGGGAAGGGAAGGUCCUGGAGUGGACGCUUGUUUGCUGUGGGUGGAUACUCGACUAUAUCCUGCCUCGUGAGAAUCGAUAUAUGAAGGAUAUCGGCGAUUCCUUCCCUGUGAAUCUGGAAGGGAAGAGGGCUGUUAUUCCCGGGACGGGCAGGGAGGAGGUGGACUUUAUCUCUGCGAGGGAUUUGGCGAGAGGGCUGGUUGCGUUGGUUGAGACGCAGAAGGGGGAAUGGGAGGAGUAUACAUUUCUCUCGGGGGAGCAGAUGAGUUGUGACCGGCUUGUUGAGGCUGUGAGAGCGCACUAUGGGUUUGGGGAUGGGUUUGAAGUGAAGUAUCUUUCGCUGCGGGAGCUGGUUAAUGAGGUUCGCGAUGCGGAGGAUGAGUUUGCGAGGAUUGAGGCGGAGUAUAAGAUUGUGAUUCCGAGUGGAUCGACGGCGCUGGAUUGGGAUGAGGUGAGGAGGCAUCGCGAGAAGUAUUUUGGGCAGGUCAAGUUUAGGGAUGUGAGGGAGGUUCUGGGGGGUGUUGGGGAGGGUGUUAUUGUUUGA